AUGGCUGAAGCUGGAUUCAUUCAUUGCCCUCGUGAGAAUGCUUCUGACGUGGCACAAUGUUUUAUAUGCUUUGAAGAAUUAGAGGGAUGGGAACCUGAUGAUGACCCCAUGGAGGAGCACGGUAAACACUCUCCCAACUGUGCGUUUCUUGCUCUAGAGAAAGACAUUUGUGACCUGACAGUAGAGGAAUUCAUGAAACUUCGUACAGAGAGGAUAAAAAAUAUGAUUGUGAGUAUAACUUUCAAGGAACCAUUAACUUAG